AUAUAUAUAUAUAUAUAUAUAUAUAUAUAUAUAUCAAAAUAUGCAACGCCAAGCUGCCUACAUGAAGAGAAGCCUCUUCAAUCAGGAAUACCUAGAUGAACAAUUUAAUGAGCUUGAAGAACUGCAAGAUGAUGAUAACCCUAACUUCGUGGAGGAAGUUGUUAACCUAUUCUUCACGGAUUCAGUUAGAUUGAUCCGUAAUAUUGAGCUUGCUCUGGCAAAUGGACCUUACGAUUUUGGCAGGCUGAAUGAUAUGAUGCACCAAUUCAAGGGUAGCAGCUCAAGUAUCGGUGCCAAAAGAGUGAAAAGAGAGUGCUCUCAAUUUCAGGAGUAUUGCAGUGAAAGAAAUAUCGAAGGGUGCAAGAGGGCAUUCCAAGGGGUGAAGCAAGAAUAUGCCACUCUCAAAAUUAAGCUUGAUGCUUAUUUUCAGAUGGCAAGAGAAGCCUCUUGAAUGAAUCCUGAUCAAUGGCAGUAUCAGAGUUGACAAGAUAAGCCCCAUGUCUUCCAUCAAAGUAGCUCACAUGUAUCUGAGUGAAUCAUAGACCAAGUCUUGUUACUAUCAAAUAAAACCAUGCAGGACAUUACAAAAUGUCAGCUGGGAGCAUUGUAUACUUAUAAAACCUGUUGCUGCUGCUUAUUAAUGAAAAUCUUAUGUUUAUCUGCAA